AGGCAGAGCCAUGUCUUGCAAAAGCAGAGUUGCUCUUUGUGUUUAGCAGGUGCACAUUAUGCUGUGUGAAGGCUCAAAGCCCUAGGCUGCUCCACCCGUGGGUGUGUCCUGCUGAGAACACUGUGGGUCCAGUGCUAUGUCCCUGGGGUUCACUUUUCUGCUGGGACUUGUGUUUUGUCUGGAACAAAGGAUUUGGGCAAAAAAUGGAUUAUUACCCCAGCCCUCCAUCUGGGCACUGCCCGGGGCUGUGAUUCCCCAGGGCAGUUCUGUGACCAUCCGCUGCAGGGGACCUCCAGGAGUAGUCAGAUGGCAGCUACUUAGAAUAGGAACUUUCAUCUCACGGUACGACAGAACCUCAGAUGGAUCCCAGGGAGUUUCCACGUUUUUCAUCCAGUCUGUGACAUACAUCAAUGCAGGAAUUUACUACUGUAUAUACUGGAAGCAAGGAGUCUGGUCAGGACGCAGUGACCCAUUGGAUCUGGUGGUGACAGGCGUAUACAAGGACACACCCUCCCUGACUGCUCUUCCAGACCCCAAUGUGACCUCAGGAGAGAACGUGACACUCCUUUGUGAAACAUCUCCGUACUAUGAAAUCUUUAAUUUGACUAAAGAUGGAAGGAAUGUCUCUCCUCAGGAUUUUUUACGUCAGGACCGUAACACCUUCCUGAUCUCUCCUGUGACCCUUGCCCAUGGGGGUAUCUAUAGAUGCUAUGGUUCUUCUAAAAUCUACCCUCACAGCUGGUCACUGCCUAGCAACCCUGUUAAGCUUUUGGUUACAGAUCCACCUGCUCCUGGAAAUGGACACCUUCCCAUUGUGACUGGGAUCUUGGCCAUCGUUGUCUUACUUCUUCUCUUCCUUCUCUUUCUCUUUUACCAAUGUUGGCAUCGGGUCAAACACGGGAACAUUGAUUGUGAGACCGAGAACCAGGUGAAGUAUAAGAGCUCCUUCCCAGUCAUGGAUUUCCAGGAAGAAAACCAAAAUGAUGUCUUAGAGGACAUCCAGCCUGAGAAGGACAGACAGAUGGCUAUGCAGGUCCCCAUAGAGGAAGACUCUCAGGAGGUGACCUAUGCUCAGCUACACCAGGAAACCCUUAGGGGGAACAUGGACACGCUACUCUCCCACACCCAUGAGGAUUCCUCUGGCCAGGCCUGUGUGUACGCCACCCUCAACUUGUCCUGAGUUUAGAGCCAGGACUGGCUGUGUAGACUCCAGUGUUCCAGUGCUCCUUAAAGAAGGUCAGCUCCAUGGGGUGUCCUACUCAUGCUCCUCAACAUCAGCCAUCACCUUGGAGCUCCCCAAGGACUUAAGACUGGAGUCAACUUGUCAACUAUCAAGAAAUUCUGGGCCCCAUCAAAUAUCUCUCAACAGAUUCCUGGUCCCUUGUAUAUUUACCCAUUCAGUUGCCUAUUCAAGAUAUGUUUACAAAAGUCAACUCUUUCCUUGGAUCUGUGAUGGGGAUAUAUAUAUUAUGAAGAUAUAGUUUUUAGUCUCAAGGACUCAUGAUUUAUUGAGUGAGGCAAGCCCAUGAUCUGACCCUUGGAAAGCAAAGGGGGUGACCCACUGGAACAGGUGUAAGGAUGCUUUGGGUCACUGAGCAGACACAAUGUCUAGGAAUGUUUAAAGAGCGCUCAUUGGUAUAAAAUACAAGGAGAAGUCAAGAAAUAAGAGUCAGUUUGGGCACAGAGGACAUUCCUAAUGGCAUUUUGGUACAAUGUUCUAGGUGUCGCUGAGAGUUGAAGCCUUCAAAGUACUGAAACUGAAUAAGGAAGCUUCUUUGUGAGGGAACCAAGUUGCAACCAAUUUGGCCACAGGAUGGGUGGGUUCCUCCUGGGGAGGGGAAUGGUGUAGAGGGCAUUUGGAGGGGGGAUUUAUGGUUUCCACCUGGUUUUGAUGAAUUUCUCUUUUUCAGUUAUGCAAUUAAAAUAAAUAGGACAUAGUUUUUAAAAAGAUAUGAAUGAGAAGGAGAGGCCCUGGAAGCUGGUAUGAACAAUAACUUUUUCAGUAACUUUUGACAAAAGGAAGUAAAGUAGAAAGCUAACAGCAGGUGUAGUGAGAACCGGAGAGAUGGUUUGGAGUGAGGCGUAUGAGAAGUAGUGUACGAGCAUGUGUGUUCGUUGAUGGAAAUAACCGAGGGGAGGAAACAAUGUGGAUGAUGCUGGGGAGGGAGGGACGGUUGACACUUGGUGGGAUGGGCUAUCAGGUGAGAAUUUAGACUCUGGAAUAGAUGAGCUCACCUGGGUUCAGACUCUCCUUUGGCAAACACCAGCUGUAUGAUGGUGCAUACAUUUAAACGUUCUUCUUUAAGCUGGAAUUUAAUUUAAUUUAAGCUGGAAUUUUAAUUUACAGAAGGGAAACUCCAAGCUCAGGUGAGCAGGUGAUGAGAUGCUUAACCUCUUUAGGCAUUAGAGAAAAGAAACUGGCAAAGAUGAGAAGGCUGGGCCACCUCAGGUUUUGGGCGUGUGGGCACCUUCUUGUAUUGCUGGGAGAAGGAACUGGUACAGUGAGUCUGAAGUGCCAUUUGGCCGUGAGUAAAAGAUUGGGCAAUUUCCUGUUGGAAAUGUAAACAUAAUUUAAAGAUAUUCUCACAUGUGUCCAUAGGGGCAUCUGCAGAAUGAUAUUUAGCUCAGCAUUGUUCACAGCAGAGAUAUUUGGAUACAAUGUGUCUGUCCCUUAUUAGGACACUGUGGGGAUUACUGUGUUGAAGCAAGUAACUGUGCUGUAGACAUAUGAGUGGUCCAUAAACCUGGAGUGUGCAGUGGAAAGAUGAAUGACUUCCACAGCAUUAACAUUUGCAAGACGCAAAAUAAAGUUCUGCAAACAUGAACAAA